CACAGUCAUACAUUCUUUACCUACCCAGAUGAUCGUUCACGAUGUACACAACACGGCAAGCAUAACAAAAUAUAGUUUGAACAGGAAUUUGCUUUAUUAAAUUUAGUGCUUUAAAUGUUUUGUUCAUAGAGAUUUUUAAAGUUUAAUAGUUUAAAACCAUACUGCCUGUAAGAUAGUGAAAAUGAAUUCAUCAACCAUCAAAAUUGAAGCUCCAGAACCACCCAUUGGCGAACCGGAAUCAUACUGCCGAUUUUGCUAUUCAGCUGAACGGUUGCUAUCAAUUUUCCCCGCAAGUGGCAGUCCGCAUCAACGGGUCAUCGAUCUACUGAAACAGUUGACGUCCAUCAAGUUGAAUGUGUUGGACGAUUUUCCCUCGGCGAUUUGUAGCCAGUGCUGUGUGAAGUUGGAGGAAUUUGAUCACUUUAGGAGGCAAUGUAUAGUCUACCAUGAGGAAACCAAACGAAUGCGGCUCAGCUCGAAGGCUUGUACUUUCUUGGUGUCCGUGGAACACGAAAAAGUACUGGAGUCGAUCGGUGAACCGAUUCCACAAGAGAAUGGUAUGGAGAAUGGAUUGUCCAGUAUAAUUGCUGUUGAAUCAAUCAAAAUCGAACAGAAUGCGGCACAAAUCCCAAAUGGCGAAGCACUAGAUGAAGAAAAGCCACAAAAAUCACUGGCUAAAGUUAGGCGAACUGAGAGAAAAUUGAAGCGGCUGGAUAAGAUCAAAAAGACGAGAAUCGAAGUGCAAAAGCACAAAACUACACUGAAAGAUCAUCGAUGUAGAAUAUGCUUACUGUUUUUCCCUAGCAAGGACGCAAUCAAUAAGCAUCUUAGAUCUCAUAUUGAUACCAAGAAUAGACAGUGCCUGAACUGCACGAAGACUUUUCAAUCUAACCAGGGGGUAAACGCUCAUAUGCGAAAAUGCUAUAUCUUAACGUCGUUCACGUGCCAACAUUGUGAUAUCCAGCUCAAUUCCAAGGUGGACCUUUUGAAGCACCAAAAAGUUUGCAAUCAGGACGAAAACAGGAACGCUAUAGCAGAGUCACCGAAACCACACCAAUGUGAGCUUUGUCCAAAAAGUUUCGAUUCAGCUCGUCGAUUAUAUUGCCAUGCACUGCUGCAUGAAGGAAAAUUUGCCUGUUCGAAAUGUGGCACCAAUUUUCAUACCCCCACUAAUUUGAAGAAACACAACGAUCGCUAUCAUUCAAAUGGAGUGGAUGAGAUUACUACCAUUGUGAAAUGCGAACCGUGCCAGCGAACUUUUGUAGACGCUAGUGCCUACCGGAGCCAUCAUACCAGAAUUCAUCAACAUGAGACUGACCAAAAUGCGCGUAAACUAGACGAAGACAAACCAUUCGAAUGCGAUCAUUGUGGCAAACGGUUUUGGUCGAUCAACACCAUUCGCUACCACAUUUUAGUUCAUCGUCAAUACCGAGACUGUGAUCAGUGCUCAGAAAGCUUCCGCUCGGUCAAGGAGCUAAAAAAGCACAAACUAACAACCCAUCCAGAGAAAUGCCAAUUCUGUCCGAAGAAGUAUUUCUCCAAAAAAGCCUGCCGAUCGCAUUCCAACAAAGCGCAUGGGAUGAUACAGGUUAAGCUGUUGGCCAAGAACGGCACUGUAACCUACCAGUGGCGUAAGUUGGUGUUCAAAUGUGCCGUAUGCGAGAUGGAUUACGAAAAUUUCCGCGAUCUGCAGGACCAUUACGACAGGAAGCACCCGGGAGAUAGGCCACAAGUCAAAUGCUCCUACUGCAAACGGCACAUCAGCUCGUCCAGGAUCGGAUAUGUGGGACACGUGACGGGAAACUGCGGGCAAACACCAAAGAAGUUGAAGGCUUGGAACUGAACGGAUUUCGAAAAGUGCUGUACAUCUAUUUGUAGUAACAAAGUUUCUUCUUUAUAUGAUUUUGUUAGAUGUAAGCUUGUUAACAGAAGCCUUACUUUGUGCCUUGAAAAUUGAUGUAUGUUGGGGUGAGUCGAAAUUAAGAUUCCUUUUGGAUUUUACUGCGAUUCAUCAACUAAUGUGCAGCUAAACCAUUGAAUAUUGAAUAUAGUUAGAUAGGAUAUUACUUAUUCGACAAUGUCAGAAACCGACAAUUAUUUUAUGAAUAAUAAAGAUUUUGAUCAGAA